CGUGUCCUUCUGUUCUCUUCUCUUUCUUUGCUUGCAGUUCUCCCUCACCCACCUCACUUCAGCCCAGCUGAGCACAGCCAGGAGAGAAGUGUUUGGUACGUGCACAGAGACUCUAUGAUCAAGGAAACUCAGAGAAGACAAGGAGAUACAGUGAGGGUCAGAAGAGAGGCAAGAGCAGUCUCAUGGCAAAAGUGCUUAUACUUAAACACCGGGCCCAGAAAGCUCCCCCUGGGCAACACAGGCACUGUGAGCGAUGCUUCAGCCGGCACUGCCGCGCACCCAUUGAGGUCUCCGUGUCCUGCAUGGUGAUCAGCUGCCACCUCCACUGCGGGGCCACCUUCCACAUGUGCAAGGAGGAGGAGCACAAAUUACUCUGCCCCUUGGAGCAGGUGUCCUGCCUCAACUCGGCCUAUGGCUGCCCUUUCUCCAUGGCCCGCUUUAAGCUGGGGAAGCACCUCCAGGUCUGUCCAGCCAGCGUUGUCUGCUGCUCGAUGGAGUGGAACCGCUGGCCGAACGUGGACUCAGACACAACCCUGCACAAGAAUAUUAUGAAAGAGACCUUGAACGAAGAAUGUCUGGACACGGCUUUGGCACUCAGAGACCAGAAGAUCCUUUUCAGGACUUUGAAAAUAGCUGAAUUAUUUCCAGAGUGGAGGAAAAAGGAUGAACUGGAAGAACUAAUGGAUCAAGCCGUGGGUGAGGAAGCAGGUGCUGUGGGAGGAGCUGCCUGUGGUUCCCAAGAGGGCAAUGAGCAGCCUGAGCUCAGCCAGCGUGAGCGGGAAGAUUUGGCAAAGGACAAAGAGGGAAUGGAUCUGGGGAGUUACAAAACCUGGGAGAACAUUUUCAGCAAAGAGCUUCUGGCUUGCCAGGUAACGGACUCAGCAACCAGCACGGGACAAAAGACGGGGGAGGCUUCCAAGAAAACAGCUUCAGCCCCUCAUGCUGCCAGCUCCAAAGGGAAGGCAAAGGAAGGACCUGAUGGUGCAGAAGAGGGAAAGGGCCAAAAGUCUGAACAAGUAACACCGAGUAGAGAACUGAAUGGACUGGCUCCCUGGCAAGAAGGGGUCCUGGAGAGGCUGAAGAAGGAAGUCGGUGUAGCUGAUUACAACAUGUAUCUGGUACAUCACGGGGGAAUGCUCAUCCGCUUCGGCCAGAUGGCUGCUUGCACUCCCAGAGAGAAAGACUUUGUCUAUGGGAACUUGGAAGCCCAGGAGGUGAAGACUGUCUACACCUUCAAAGUGCCUGUUAGUUACUGUGGCAAAAGAGCACGACUGGGAGAUGCGCUGGGCCACAAGAUGCCAACUUCAGACAAGUCAGUGGAUACCUCAGAACUGGGAAUAAAGGUAGAAGACCUACCUAAGACAAACAUAGUUGAAGCCACACUGCUGUGUGCUCUGGAAAAAGAGCUGAAAGGCCACGAGAUCUCUGAAGCAAGAGGUAUCGAUGGUCUCUUUGUGGAUUUUGCAACACAGACAUACAGCUUUCCUUUGGAGUCCUUCUCUUCCAGCGCAGCUCUAGCAGAUAUUCUGGAUGAAGACAGCCCACCAGAACUGCACAUGGAGCUCUACACUGAAUGUGUCACCAGAAGACACAACAAAAGCAGUUCAGCUUUCACGUUCACUUGCAGUCAUUUCUUUAGGAGGGAUGAGUUCCCAUCCCACUUCAAGAAUGUGCACGCUGAUAUCCAAUCAUGCCUGGAUGGAUGGUUCCAGCAUCGCUGCCCACUGGCUUACUUGGGAUGUCCUUUUGUCCAAAAUCACUUCCGCCCCGAGGGACUUAAGGCCAAGGUUAUUUACAGCAAGCCUCUCAAGACAUUUGCUAUUAAGCCAGAGGUGGAUGCCCUUCUUGCUGAACCGGGCAAGUGCAAUUCCACAGUAGAUAGUCGAGGGAGAAACAGGGACUUGCUGAGCAGCCUCCCAGUGGAAGUGCUCAAGUACAUUGCAGGAUUCCUGGACAGCUUCAGUUUAUCUCAGCUAUCACAAGUGUCAGUGCUCAUGAGGGACAUCUGUGCCACUCUUCUUCAAGAGAGGGGAAUGGUCCUGCUGGUCUGGGAGAAAAAAAGAUAUUCCCAUGGUGGUACCUCUUGGAGAGCUCGCAAAAAGAUCUGGCAGUUCAGCAGCCUGUUCUCCAGAGUUCACAACUGGCAGCGCAGCGACGUCCCGAGCAUGUCGGAGCACCUGAGGAAUUGUCCCUUCUACCAGGCGGAGCACAGGACGGACCCCGUGCUGCUGACGGGCAUGAGCGAAUCUCGGGAGCAGACUCGAAAGACUUUGGUCUCUACUUUCAAGCACAGAGUCUGAACAACUUGCUUCCCCUCUGCCAUGCUUCCUUCAGGGCUCUUGAGAUGAAGAUUUGGGGAUUCAGGUGGAGAGAUUGCUGCUUCCAACUCCCCUUUGGACGUACAAAAUUGGCUUCUCCCCAGCUGCGUUUGAAACCGCUGCAUUUUUCUUUUUCCUGCAUUAAUUUGUUAAAAACUUCAACCACUGCCUACUAACACCACAUGCUUUCUGUUUAUGUUUCUGUUCCUGGUUUAAUACAGCAUCUUGAAGAAAGCAAUGAGGAUCUUAUUUGAAAACAGCAUUUUUACUUCCUUGAAGGUAGGCUGCUGCUCCUGUACCAUGUGCCUGAGGGAAGUAAGGGAAGUUAAUGUGCUUAGCUCAAAUAGGUCUGAAAUACCUUAGCUUUGUCUGGAAAGCCAAAUUCUUGGAGCACAAGUAGAUGCCCUUCUGCCUGGCAGACCUAGGGACUGCUAACCUGCUCUGAGAUGUGGGCAAAAGAAAAAGACACCCCAACAUUAUGUGAAUUAAUUAGAACUCCAGUGAGAACUUGGGAAUUCACUGCACAGCCACAGAAAACUUGCACACACUUGCUCUUUGUUAGAAGCAACCGAGUAGCAAACAAUUUUAGAGACUCAAUUGACUUUUUAUAUUUUAAGGUAGCACCUUUUGUGUUUUAUCUGAAAAAUCAUUAAAGCCAUUCAAGAAUAUUUGAAGUCAUUUUUAAAAUGCCUUACCAACUCAGUUUUGCAGUUGUAAAUUGCAAAUCCUAACUAUUCUAAGCAACUGAAAACAGGAUGUCAAAGAAAUAAUAAUCUUUUCCAUAAAAGAAAAGUAAUUCAGUAACCCAUUCAACAACAGCAUGGAUAAUGUUUGCUUCAGUUAAAUGGGCUGGAUCAUAGGAUCUUUUUUUACAGAGCAGGAAAGUGAUCAGGAUUUGGUUUAUCUUUUGAUAAAUACACUAACUUAAACCAGAACUGGCUUGCUGGGGCAACAGAUGAGUGAAAACAGGCGUGUUACCAGCAGUGUCUGUCUCAUUACACUAUUUGAACCCAUUUCAGUGGUGCCAGUCAGAAAUGCCAUGGCUGUGGCAGUGGGUGAGAUUCCUCUGAAAUGGCCAUAACAUUAUUUCUCAGCUUAGGACAGUUUCCAGUCACUGCACAGCCACAGGCUGCUGACUCACUCAUCCCCUUUCUUUUUUAAGCUCAUAGCCAGCAGUGUGAGCUCAGGACUGGGGUCUGGAUUUCAUCUCUCUGUCUCAGGCAGGGGAACCUUGCUGGGAGCCGGGAUAUUUGCUGGCCUGGACCACUGCUUUUCUCACCUGGGCUGGCCAGGUGCAAACCGGCUCAGGCAGAUGGAUCCGUGCCACGCUUGCCAUCCCUGACCUUGGUGCAGAUCUGGGAUGAGGUGGCCAUGCAAGAAGGAGCCCUCUCUUACCCAGAGAGAUUGCUAAUGAACCUGAGCUGAGUGCUUGGAAAUCAAAGGCCAGAAUUGUGUGGUGACCCAAACCACCCUCAGUGCAGCUCAGCCUUGUCUACACUUGCAGCUUAAGUGGUCCCUGUGAGAUUUGUAACCAUAUGAGGAUGUUUUUCUUCUCCAGACACACACCCUCAGGAGCAUACAGUCUGAGCUGUGAGGACAGUGGAAUGGUCCUGGGAAGAGGAAAAGCAGCACUUUUUUUUUUUUUUUUUUUUUUAAUGCUACUGUAUUUUCUGCCCCUAGAGUUCUUUUUCUGGGAAGUCUCACAAUGAUUUAGACAUGAAAAUAAACUUCUCUGCACAGGUAUCCUGCAGAAAACACAAGUGGUACCCCAUGUUUACGGAGAGGAAACUGAAGGAAAUGAGCACAGGGAACCUAAGCUGGGCCAGGAGCAGUUAGGGCCAGACACUCAGAUCCUUCAUCCUGAGGCUUAAGCCACUGCACAAAGACAAAUUGUCCAUACUGUAAAGCUGCUUACAAAAACUCACCUGUCCUCAAAACAUUCCUUAUAACAUGAGCCGCCCAAUAUUGUCUCCUUGUCUUACCCAGCAAAGUUGACAGAUGUGAAAACAUACAGCCAGAAUUCCUAGGUCUUCAGGAAUUCCUGAGAGACCCAGAAUUGCUAGGUCUCUACAUCAGAGCCUCAUUCUUCACUUAUCAUGUAUCUGAUUUUGCAAGAUGCUGAGCAUCCAACUGUAGCUGCAGAGCACAGUAUCUGCAAAUGCAUGUCCAAAAACUGGGUGCCAGAAUCUGUGCUGGGUGCUUGAAAAUUGAGCCACUUACUUUUAUGGAUAAUUUGGGGAGGGUGGAAAAAACAUUGCUUAAAUAAUGAGGUCUCAGAGUAAGUCAGUGUUCAAGGCUGGCAGGAGACCAUGAAAAAUUUCAGUCUGUGAACAAUCUCUCACAUGAUCAGCGCUUAGCUGCUGUAAAGUGCUGUGGGAACCCUGAAAUUCUGGCCUAUGUUAGGUGUGAAUUUGGCUCAUUUUAUCUUUAGUGCCACCAGCACCACUGUUACUCUGCUCCUGGGUGCUUUCUGUCAGUUCCAGAGGAUUUUGUUCUUGUCACUCCCUGCUCCUGGGGACGGCAUGACUUCAGUUCCAGCCUUAUUACAAUGGAUCCUGCUUCUUCCCUCACAGCAGGUGCCUGAGUCAGACUUCAGGGGGAUGCAGCCUUUGGAAAGACCAUGGCUGGUGGUGCAGGUCAGAGUUAGGAAUAUUGCAACCUCUACCUCCUGGGAUUAGCCAGGGCGUGCAUAGAACAUCCAGGAGACUGGAUAAUUUCCCUUCUAGUAUUCCUACAGGGCAUGCUGGAGAGAGAGUGUUCAUUCAUAGACAUAUUUGCUCCUGUGAAUAUAUAGGUGUGUUUCUGUGAACUGUAGAUUGGAUUAAGUAACACUCAGCACAUCCAGUGAAAGCUGUAAAUCCACAGCCAGAAUCUUCAGGUUAGUCUGGUUAGAUCUGGGAGAGGCAAAGCUGUACAGGGAAAGGAAGAUCACCCUUCCAUUUCUGCACACCCACCUGGCCAAUGCCAGCAGGGAGCUGCCUCUCACUUCAUCCCAGCCUUACCAGGAGUGGAGAGCUCUGGGCUGGUGUCAAAUGCAGUUUCAUUAAUCUGAGGAUCAUGCCAAGCUAGCUCAGUGUUGAUGGUCCUGGCCAUUAGCAGAGCCAGUACAUUCAGGAGCUGGAAGGAACUGAAUUUUCCUGCACUGUGUAUCUUGGUGAGCACAAUGCUGGCUUAUUUAAAAGGUGAGAGGCUUCAGUUUGGAUUCAGCAAGACCUUGAUCCUGGUUUAAGUUCGUAAUUUGGCCAAGAAAACUUUGGCUAAAUUUCAGCUUGAGGAAUUUGAUUAGAAGAAACUGAGCAUUUGGUGUUUUUCAAAAUAGUCUAUUGUUUCGGCAGGGUCUGAACUGGAAAAGGAGAUCCAAUUCCAGCAGAGCAUUGAGGUUGCUCUCAGUCCAGCCCCCACACUCUGGAUCUUCAUGACUUUGAUCUUGUUUGUGCUGCCCACGAGUCCUGUGAAGUGCAAGAGCAAUACUCCACACGCUCCAGGCUGCCGUGCCUUGCCGUGUUUCCUCUCACUGGAAGAGUGGAAGUGAAAUGAAGGCGUCAUGGAAAUCAGAAAGGUCAGAGCAGGGCAAGGAACCUCAUGACAAGAGAAGACAGGAAACAGAAAAGGUAAUGGGUUUGGAUAGAGAGACCUGCCUCUUUGUAGGUGGUGUGAGGAGAGGCAAGAGGAGACAGGUAGAAGGGCGCAGGAAUGAAAGGAGUUGGGAUGUGCUGCCAAAACCAGAGUUGUUCUGGAUAAAAGCAUUUUCUUGAGAAAGACUCUGGAAAUUCCUGGUUGGUGCUAUACAGUAACAUGGGGCAGACAAUAAUUUUUAAGGCGUGAAAGGCCAAGUGACCUACUGACGUGUAUCCUUCCUAAGUCUGGGUUGAAGGAAGGAAUUUUUUGAUGGACCUCCAAUUCCCAAAACUGAGUGAGCACAGAUAAGUUGAAGUUAUCUGAACAGUGCCUGUUAUUUUGUGAAACUCUGUAACUCCUUGUUGCAUUCUUAAGAAUAAAAAUUA